CCGGCGCUGCGCGAGGCAUCCUAGCAGAGCUGGAGACGAGGCGAGCGGGUGGGGAGGGCGUCCGACUCGAGCUGGCGCAGGGGGACCGCGGCUGUCACUGCGCUCCGAGCAUCCCGAGGGCUUCCCGAGUAGACAAACCCGGCCCUGCGGCGGCUGCGGGUGCAGCCCUAGCCGCCUGCCUCCCUCGCCGCGCUCGUGGAGCCUCACGCCCCGAGCGAUCGUUCGUGACUUAGCACAAAGCACGUUUCCAAAAAGCAGCGCACGGGAGAGCUCCCGCGCCGCGCUCCCGCGCACGCACCCCCUCUUCCCCUUUGUUUCGGGGUCGACCGGCUGCUCUCCUCCCCAAGUCUGAAUUCUUCGCGGGGGUGGGGGGCGGACGGCCGCCGAGUCUAGGCUGUGAAGAUGCCCUUGGAGCUGACUCAGAGCCGAGUGCAGAAGAUCUGGAUCCCCGUCGACCACCGCCCCUCGCUGCCCAGAUCCUGUGGGCCGAAGCUGACCAACUCCCCCACCGUGAUCGUCAUGGUGGGGCUCCCAGCCCGGGGUAAGACGUACAUCUCAAAGAAGCUGACUCGAUACCUCAACUGGAUCGGCGUCCCCACGAAAGUGUUCAACGUCGGGGAGUACCGCCGGGAGGCCGUCAAACAGUACAGCUCCUACAGCUUCUUUCGCCCCGACAACGAGGAGGCCAUGAAAGUCCGCAAGCAGUGCGCUCUGGCUGCCCUGAGAGACGUCAAAAGUUACCUGACGAAGGAAGGGGGCCAAAUUGCAGUGUUCGAUGCCACCAAUACCACCAGAGAGAGGAGACACAUGAUCCUUCAUUUUGCCAAAGAAAAUGAUUUCAAGGUGUUUUUUAUUGAGUCUGUGUGCGAUGACCCUAUGGUUGUGGCCUCCAACAUCAUGGAAGUUAAAAUCUCUAGCCCGGAUUACAAAGAUUGCAACUCAGCAGAAGCUAUGGACGACUUCAUGAAGAGAAUUAGUUGCUACGAAGCCAGCUAUCAGCCCCUCGACCCUGAUAAGUGUGACAGGGACCUGUCCUUGAUCAAGGUGAUCGACGUGGGCCGGAGGUUCUUGGUGAACAGAGUUCAGGACCACAUUCAGAGCCGCAUCGUGUACUACCUGAUGAACAUCCACGUGCAGCCCCGCACCAUCUACCUGUGUCGGCACGGCGAGAGCGAGCACAACCUCCAGGGCAAGAUCGGAGGGGACUCGGGUCUGUCCAGCCGGGGCAGGAAGUUUGCCAAUGCCCUGAGCAAGUUUGUGGAGGAGCAGAACCUGAAGGACCUCAAGGUGUGGACCAGCCAGCUGAAAAGCACCAUCCAGACGGCGGAAGCCCUGCGUCUCCCCUACGAACAGUGGAAGGCGCUCAACGAGAUCGACGCCGGUGUCUGUGAGGAGAUGACCUACGAGGAGAUCAGGGACACCUACCCUGAGGAGUACACUCUGCGGGAGCAGGACAAGUACUACUACCGCUACCCCACCGGGGAGUCGUACCAGGACCUGGUGCAGCGCCUGGAGCCGGUGAUCAUGGAGCUGGAGCGGCAGGAGAACGUGCUGGUCAUCUGCCAUCAGGCCGUCCUGCGUUGCCUCCUCGCCUACUUCCUGGAUAAGAGCGCAGAGGAGAUGCCUUACCUGAAAUGCCCCCUUCACACCGUCCUGAAACUGACACCUGUUGCUUACGGUUGCCGCGUAGAGUCCAUCUACCUGAACGUGGAGUCUGUGAGCACACACCGGGAGAGGUCAGAGGAUGCAAAGAAGGGACCUAACCCGCUCAUGAGACGCAAUAGUGUCACCCCACUAGCCAGCCCCGAGCCCACCAAAAAGCCUCGCAUCAACAGCUUUGAGGAGCAUGUGGCUUCUCCCUCCGCUGCCCUGCCCAACUGCCUGCCCCCGGAGGUGCCCACGCAGCUGCCUGGACAACCUUUGCUAGGGAAAGCCUGUUUAACAUGAAGAGCACCCAGAGUGGCAUCGACACCAGGAUGCACUGAGGCAGGCCCGUCGGCUCCGUGCCAGUUCUGUUCCUGCAGCUUCUCCUUAGUGCUUUUCCACCCGCCCGAGGCCAGCCAUCCCCAGGACGUCUUCCGAACAGGGUGGGUGGUGUAGAAGAGGGGCCCGCCACUCAGACAGAACCGUGCCCCCGACGGCGGCUGAGACCCCAGGAGGCC